UUCUUGUUAAUAAUUACUACUGUUUAUUAUCUGGACAAAGAAGCCACAUAUUUAUUCGCUUAGUCCGCUUCAACUCAACAUCCAAAAAAAAAGAAAAACAUUUAAGAAAAAGGCAGCAAAGGAAUCUUUCGCGGCUUUCACGUGAAAUAACUGAUUUAACGUGAAGAACUGUAAAGAGCAACAGUGACAAUCGAAGUCUCAAAUACAUUCAAAGAUGGGAACGCAACAAAUCUAUGCUCCCUUGUCAACCCCCAUACACGAUAUUAGUGAUAAAUUGGUUUCAAUAUCGGUACGUGACUUAAAUCGCACAUUAAAAUUUCGUGGCUUAAAUCGCCAAGAAAUUGUUCGCAUGAAACAACGACGUCAUAAUUUAAAGAAUCGUGGCUACGCAGCCAGCUGCCGCACUAAACGUAUCGAACAGAAAGAUGUUUUGGAAUCAGAAAAGUCGCAUGAAUGGGUAGAACUAGAAGAAAUGCACAAGAAGAACGAACAAUACAGGAAGGAAAUUGAAAAUUGGAAAAAAAACUACCUUCCUUUGUUCGAAUUUGCAAGACAAAAUGAUAUUCUAAUACCAACGGCAUUAGACAUAUGUUAAAGUAAAGCAGUCGACAUUACGUGCACCGAUAUUUUUGGGAGCUCUAGCUUUUAUUUCAUUUAUUUUUUUUUUUGUUUUUUUUUUUUUUUGGAUGUUGAGUUGGAAUGGACUAAGGCAAUAAGAAAUGUGAGAUAUAUCCAAACCGUUGCAAUUAGAUAUAAAAAUAAAUAAGCGCUUAGCAAUAUGAAGAUGUACAAAUUCUUAAAAAUAAUAUUACAUUCCUUGCAACCAACAAUAAUGCAAUACAUUAAGAAAUUAUGCAAAUUUUAAAUAAAGUAUAUAGGGAUAAAAAAUUGUGUGAAUAGAAUAUAUGUAACUUUUUUAAA